AUGUCUUACUUCAAGAGACCAGCAGAAUACUACAAAAGGACUCAGUGGACCUAUCCAGAUACCCUCCGUGUUACUGGAUCGGUUAUCCCCACCGUCUUGCCUGAUGUCUUGAUCGUCACCGGAUUCACCGCCACCAUCCAGUUCGUCGAGACUCGGGGCUUCCUCCCCUUCCACCUCUUCUUCUCCCCCGUCAUCGUUCCUGCGUUGUCCGUCGUUGUCGGUUUGAUCUUGGCGUUCCGUACCAACACUGCCUAUGAUCGUUUCUGGGAGGGUCGCAAGUUGUGGGCGUCGUUGGAUGUUCAGAUGCGUAACUUUUCGCGCAUGAUCUGGGUCGGUAUGAAGGAGACCAACCAUCAGACCCACAUUGGCGGAUCCAAUGUCUCGCUCACCGCUGCCGCCCCUACCCCUGGUGCCCCCCCUGCUGCUGCUACUGCUGCUGCUGCUGCCCCCAGCAACGGCCUCCACCUCUUUGGUCGCAGCUCUGGAAAGGCUCCCAGCACCAACGGCAAGAACACCGCCCCUAACACUUUGAUCGAAUUCCAACACUCCGACGAUUACGAGAAGGUCCUCGUCAUCAAGCUUCUCCUCGCCUACGCCGUCUCGAUUAAGCACCAUUUGCGCCAGGAGUUUGGUGUCCGCUAUUUCGAUCUUGAGUAUCUCCUCCCCGAGGGAUUCUCCCCCUGCGCCGCUACUGACCACGUCGAGAUUAAGGUUAUUGUUGACAAGGCUCUUGGAGACCGUCACCGCCACUACAACGAGGAUCCCUGGACCAUUCGCUCUGGAAACGAUGACGGUCAGAUGUCCUUGCCCCUCGAGAUUGCCUAUGCCCUGUCGCUUUGGGUUCUAGGUGAGGCCCGUGGUGGUCGUAUUGAGGGCGCGUUGAUUGGAAGCCUUUUAGGAUCCAUCAACACCAUGACCGAUAUCUUUACCAACAUGGAGCGUAUCGUCUUCACCCCCAUUCCCCUCGCCUACUCCAUCCACUUGCGUCAGGUCGUGUACUUGUACACUCUCGCCCUUCCCUUCACCUUCAUUGAGAACCUCGGCUGGAACACCGUCCCCCUCAUGGCCCUCGUCUCCUUCACCCUCUUCGGUAUGGAGGGUAUCGGUCGUGAGAUCGAGAACCCCUUCGGCAAGGACGCCAACGAUUUGCACAUGGACGAAUUCUGCCGUGACCUCAAGCGCGAGUUUCAGUACCUUGUCAACCUCCAGAACACCGUUCCCGGUGCCCAUGCUUAA